UGCAGGACAUGACCAGUACUGAGUACACUAAUUCUGAGGCGGCUAAGCAGGAUUUUGAGAAGAGCUUGUCGAGUUCCACCCCAAAACACUCAGCCAGCGUGAGAUCACGCAAGACUGGCUCUGUGGCAUCUGACACUGAAAACUCCACUUUCUACAAAGAGGUUCUCCCAGACCAGCCAGAGACAGAAUGGGAGAGAUGGAUUCUGAGGAAAGCUAAGGAGCUGUCUUUCUCUCAGGAGCGUGAAAAAGAGAAUAGAAAAGAGGAGCGAAGAAAAAGAAGGGAACUUAAACGUGCAAACCGUGAUAAGUUGAAGAUGCAGGAGAAAGUUAUAGAAGAUUGGAAGGCUAAGAAAUUGGAAGAACACAAGGAAAGAGUAGUGGCAGAACUUGAGAAACAGAGAGAAGACAAAGAAAAGAAGGCUUUUGAGAAAGAGGAAAUACUGGAGAAAUCAGUUUUAGCUCGAAAGGAAUGGAAACAGAUAAAAACCGAAAAAUUAAAGUAUUGUGAAGCUAAAAAAAUUGCCGAGGAAGAAAAAUUAGCUCGUUUGAAGGAAGAACGGAGGAUAAAAGCGAAACAGAAAUACGAAGAUUGGUUAAAAAACCACCAACCAGUACCCUCCAAUAAACCAGCUAACAGGCCUAAGACUUUGUCAGAUGUGUACAGCAGUCCAACAAGUAGACCAAACACAGCGCCUUGGGUCAAUGGGACUGAUAUUUCUUAUGAGAAGGUUAAAGUUCUGUACACGCCCUUUUUAUAAGGGUGAUAUCCAGGACUAUUAAAAAAUCACACUGUACAUAAUAUAUAUAACAUAAUAUUAUAUAAUAUACUCAAAUGUGUUACCUGUUUUGCAAAGUGUUAAAACUAGGAGCUAUUCAUAAAGCAGUUCAAAGUAAACGAUCAACGUAAUCGCCCAACUUUAAGUUUCAUGUGUAACAAUCAUC